GAAGUUUCUAAGAUGGCGGCUAGUAAUUAUUAUGGAUUCACACAUGCAGCCGCAGCUGCCGCCGCCGGCCCGCAGUACAGUGCCCAGCCGCCUCCUGUCUAUUCCCACCCAACCUCGGGCAGCUAUAGCAUCCAGGCGGCCCCUGGAGUGGCCCAUGCUGUGACGGCCUCGUACCCCACCGCCCAACAGGCGAGUCCCGCGGUCACCGCCCCCUACCCCACCUACCAGCCCCAUCCUGCCCCCAACUACUGCUACCAGCAGCCCGAAACGUCUCCGCAGCUGACGACCCCCCAUCAAACCUACCAGGUGCUGACCGAACCGGAGAAUUAUAGCUACGGUCGACUGCCGUCGGUCAGCAGCUACGACAACAAGCAGUACUUUCAAACGAGCAUCGCACCUGUGCAGCAAACCGCAACCGAGGCCUACUUCCAGACAGGGUUGAAAACCGGCUACGGUACGACGAGCACAGCAUACAGUCAAAAAAAGUGA